UUAACAUAUUUAAAUAUUAAUUCAUAUCCCUUCUAGCUAUAUCAUCUAUCUUCACCUUCUUCUCACAUCUAUCUCAUAAGUAUAUUUUCCCUUAAUCAAAAAAAUGAAAACUAUGACCACCUUUCUCUUGCUUACUACUCUACUGCUCAUAGUUACAUCCUCUUUGGCAACCCGACCCGUUUCAUCUGGAUCUUCUCCUUCUACUCAAGUCAAACACCCUAAGGACAAAAACAACAACCAAGGAGGUGGUGGUGGUAGUAUUCCAGGUGUUGGUGGAAUUCCAGGUGGCUAUUUUGGGCCUGGAGGAGGGUUUAACAUUCCAGGAUUUGGAAAUGGGUUUGGUAAUGGAGUUGGAGGUGGAUAUGGAUCCGGGUAUGGAGGUCCAAAUGGAGGACACUCUAAAAAUGGUAUAGUAAGACCUACUGUUGUGUGCAAAGACAAAGGUCCAUGUUACCAGAAAAAGUUGACAUGUCCAGCUAAGUGUUUCUCCUCUUUCAGCCGUUCUGGCAAGGGCUAUGGCGGUGGCGGCGGUGGUGGUGGCUGUACCAUUGAUUGCAAAAAGAAGUGCAGUGCCUAUUGUUAAAUGAAGUGCAUGCAUUAGUCAUAAAUAUAUGGUAACAGUUGUUGUUGUUUAAAAAAAAAAAAAAAAGUUGUUGUGUCUAUUACUGAAGUGGACUAUGGUACUAGUAUUAAUAUUAUUAUGUAUGAGUA